AGAUUCCAAUCAGCGUUGACAAAAAUAGUAAUAUUGAUUUUCUCGCAUAUAUAAUCGCUAAUAAAGAAGCUAACGAAAUCGUUAUUACCUUCCGAGGAACGGAUGAAAAUAGUUUUGCCAAUGUAAACGCAGAUAUUGGAUCCUAUAAUUUGGUCGAAUAUUCACCAAAACCUAAUAAUGAUAUUCGUGUUAGUGAAGGAUUUUUUACCGCAUGGCAAAGAUUUGAUUCAUCAAACCUUACAGGUACAUUAACUUUGUUGAUGAAAGAAUUUCCAAGCUUUAAAGUUUCAGUGACUGGUCAUAGCUUAGGAGGAGCAUUAUUUCAAACUCUGGAUAUUAAACAAAAUUAUCCAAAAGCUAGUCUCUGCUUUUAUGGGUUUAAUAUGCCUCGCGGAGGAAAUAA